AUGUUUGUGCCUCAGAUGGACCAGUCGGAGACGUCUGAUAUACAUUUAAAGUUACUAUUAAUAGGCGAUAUGAAUGUUGGGAAAAGCAGCCUUCUCUUCCGGUACAUCGAUGACGGUUUCAGUGAUACCUAUAUGAGUACAAUUGGAGUAGACUUUAAAGUAAAAACAGUCAUGAUUGGCAAUACAAGAGUAAAGCUACAAAUUUGGGAUACAGCUGGACAGGAGAGAUUUCGUACUAUAACAUCAACAUAUUAUCGUGGUGCUCAUGGAAUUAUCAUUGUAUAUGAUGUCAAUGAUGUGAAAACAUUUUGUAAUGUAGAAAAAUGGGUAAAAGAGGCACAAACUUACGCUGAUGAAGGAGUAGCACGAAUACUAGUCGGUAAUAAAAACGAAAGUGAAGAAUUAAAAACUGUAGCCACUUGUGAUGCUCAACGUUUAGCAGCUAAAAAUUCAUGUCUUUUUAUUGAAACAUCUGCUAAAAAUGAUGAAAAUGUUGAUCAGAUGUUUUACAUUAUUACAAGAGAAGCUUUACGUUUACGAUUAAAUGCUGUACAAAAACAACAAGAAGCUCAACAGACCGUAGUUCAACUGACACCUAUCUCCGGAUUAAAAUCAAAGCAUAAACCGAAAUGCUGUAAAGGAUAA